AUGAAGGCCUUUACCGCGAUUGUCGCCUGCCUCGGCGCGGCGAUAGCCGUCUGCGCGGAGAACGCGUCAGACCUCCACGUCGAGACCGACGCCAGCAGCGUCGUCCAGCUCACGGACUCAAACUUCGAAAAGCUCACGCAGGCAACGACCGGAUCCACCACAGGUGCGUUCACGGCUGGCAGCGGCUUACACACAGCAGGUCCGUGGUUCGUCAAGUUCUACGCCCCCUGGUGCUCGCACUGCCGCCACAUGGCCCCCGCGUGGGAGCGCCUCGCACGCGAGCUCAAGGGCGUCGUCAACGUCGCGGACCUCGACGCCACGCGCAGCCCCAACGUAGCCAAGCGCUUCGGCAUCAAGGGGUACCCGACCCUCAUCCUCAUAGACAAGGGGCGCAUGUACGUCUACAAGGGCGGCGAGCGCACCACCGAGCGCCUGGCGGCUUUCGCCACCUCGGAGUACCAGAAGACCAUCUCUACCGUCGUACCGGCGCCGCUGACGCGCCUCGGCAUGCUCGUGGACUUCAUGAUCACCGGCGUGCAGGAGGCACAGCGCAUCUACGACGUCGCCUUCAGGGGGUUCUUUAUCGUCUCCAGCUUCUCGCUGCUCUUCGGACUCGUGAUCGGCAUGAUCUGCUGCGUGAUCCUGCUCAGCAAGUCGACCACGACCACCCCCGUCGGAAAGCCCACCAAGAUCAGCGCCCGCAAGCAGGACUGA